AUGAUUUUUAUAGGAACGCUUGGAGUUUGCUUAGCAUUUGGAUUCGCAGUAGCGUUUGGAGUCUAUGCGUCGGCCGGAGUUUCAGGGGGGCACAUUAAUCCAGCUGUUACGAUGGCGAUGUUCACCCUUGGAAAACUCGGAAACACAUUCGGGGAAAAUUUAAAGAUGUUCUUUGUUUACUCUCUUUCCCAAAUACUCGGCGCGUUUACCAGUUGUUUCCUCGUUUCUGCCGCCUAUGCUGAUCUUGAAGCUCAUCUGGUUGACAAAAUGAAUUAUACAGCUACUGAUUUGGCUCGACUGUACGUAACUGGACCUUCUGGCGACUUCAACCCUGGCAUGGGAACCCUCUUCAUCGAUCAAAUCAUCGGAACUUGGAUCCUGAUCACAGUCAUUUUCAUGGUGAUCGACGGUCAAAAUGUGAACCCAGGAGGGCUUGCUCCAUUUUUGAUCGGCAUGGCUGCUGCUGUUUCUGGCCUUGCUUACGGUGCUAAUGGCGGUGGCGCGAUCAAUCCAGCACGUGAUUUCGGCCCCAGACUCUUCGCAACCAUCUUCUAUUCCGGCGACGCGACCCUUUGGGACGGAUUCUUUACGGUGCCAUUGUUUGGUCCCUUGAUCGGAGGAUUUAUUGGAGCGUUGACAUACCAAUUCGCUAUUGCUGCGCACUGGCCGUACGAAUCUGCACCUGCGAAGGAACGAGACGAUGUUAGCUUAUAA